AUGCAAUCCUCCUGUUUCCCACAAUGCUCUGCGGACAUCACCACCAAGAUGGCCGACGCUAUGGAGGAAUAUGAGAAAGAAGCUGGCUGCGUCCCCAUUCUCCAUCCCGAGGAAAUCAAACCCCAGAGUCAUUACAACCAAGGCUACAGUGAGAAUGUCAGUCGUAAAAACCAUGUGGAUGACUACAGCACCUGGGACAUUGUCAAAGCCACACAGUACGGCAUCUUCGAGCGGUGCAGGGAGUUGGUGGAGGCCGGCUUCGACGUUCGGCAGCCAGACAAAGAAAAUGUUACCCUCCUCCACUGGGCCGCCAUUAACAACAGGAUAGACUUGGUCAAAUACUACAUAUCAAAAGGAGGCUUGGUUGACCAGCUGGGAGGAGACCUGAACUCCACACCACUGCACUGGGCCACCAGACAAGGCCAUCUAUCCAUGGUGGUGCAGCUCAUGAAAUAUGGCGCCGACCCAUCUCUGAUUGACGGCGAGGGCUGCAGCUGUGUCCACCUGGCCGCCCAGUUCGGUCACACCUCCAUCGUAGCCUACCUUAUCGCCAAAGGAGCGGACGUGGAUAUGAUGGAUCAGAACGGCAUGACUCCUCUGAUGUGGGCGGCUUACAGGACACACAGUGUGGAUCCCACCCGGCUGCUACUGACCUUCAACGUAUCAGUCAACCUUGGUGACAAAUAUCACAAGAACACAGCGCUGCACUGGGCAGUGCUGGCCGGCAACACCACUGUCAUCAGCCUGCUAUUGGAUGCCAACGCUAACGUUGAUGCACAGAACAUCAAGGGGGAAACACCGCUUGAUCUUGCCAAGCAGAGGAAGAACGUCUGGAUGAUCAAUCACCUUCAGGAAGCGCGGCAGGCAAAAGGCUACGACAGCCCAUCCUACCUGAAGAGGCUGAAGAUGGACAAGGAGUUCAGGCAGAAGGUGAUGCUGGGAACGCCCUUCUUGGUCAUCUGGCUCGUUGGUUUCAUUGCUGACCUGGAUAUCGACUCAUGGCUGAUCAAAGGCCUCAUGUACGCCGGUGUCUGGAUCACCGUGCAGUUCCUCUCCAAGGCUUUCUUCGACCACUCCAUGCACAGCGCCCUGCCUCUGGGAAUCUACCUGGCCACCAAGUUCUGGAUGUACACCACCUGGUUCUACUGGUUCUGGAAUGAUCUACCUUUUGCCACCGUCCACGUGCCCUUCCUGAUAAACACCCUGUUUCUGUUCUACAACUUUGGAAAAUCUUGGAAGUCGGACCCAGGAAUCAUAAAAGCAUCAGAGGAGCAGAAGAAAAAGACGAUCGUGGAGCUGGCAGAGACAGGCAGCCUGGAUCUGAGCAUAUUCUGCAGCACCUGCUUGAUACGGAAGCCUAUCAGGUCCAAACAUUGCGCCGUUUGCAACCGCUGCAUCGCCAAGUUCGACCACCACUGCCCUUGGGUGGGGAACUGUGUCGGAAGUGGGAAUCACCGCUACUUCAUGGGCUACCUGUUCUUCCUGCUCUGCAUGAUCUGCUGGAUGAUAUACGGCUGCAUCUGCUACUGGAGGAUCCACUGUGCCACCAAUUACGCCAAGGAUGGUUUCUGGCUCUAUCUGACCCAGAUUGCCUCCUGCUCCCCGUGGAUGUUCUGGAUGUUCCUCAACAGCAUCUUCCACUUCAUGUGGGUGGCGGUGCUCAUCAUGUGUCAGCUCUACCAGAUCGCUGCUCUGGGAAUCACCACCAACGAGAGGAUGAACGCUCGGAGAUACAAGCACUUUAAAGUCACCUCCACGUCCAUCGAAAGCCCAUUCAACCACGGGUGCAUCCGGAACCUAAUAGAUUUCUUCGAGAUCCGCUGUUGUGGUCUGAUCCGGCCCGUGGCGGUGGACUGGACCACGCAGUACACAAUAGAAUACGACCAGACGUCUGGCUCGGGCUACCAGCUGGUGUAGACAGAGGAAGAGGACGAUGCCGAAGAGGAAGGAGGGGAUGGGGGGGCAGGUGGAAGUGGAGUGCGGCUGGACGGAUGAAUAGCUUUGAAGGAUUGCUCCCCCCCUCCUCUGCCCUUCCCCACCCCUCACAGUUGCGAUUAUAUCGAAGUGAUGCUGUUCUCGGGAGCGCUUGCUUUUUUUUUGGACCAUCUCUCCCUCACCGAUCAAAACACUUUGGGGAAAAAGAAAAAUAAUAAUCAGCCAGGACUCGCAUGCUGUUACAGGGCAACACCACAGCCACACCCCCCUCUCUCUGCCCGCACCACCACCUUUACUACUAUUAAUGCUACUACUACUAUUCUACAACAUCAGACUUCAUUACCUUACCUUCACCCCUAUCCAGCGCCCCCCCGCUUCGUCUCCCCUCCCGAAGCCCUUUGGACGGUGUGAUGCUGCCAGGCACGAGCGGAGGGGAGGGAGGAAGACGGACGCGAGGAAUUACAAAAUAAAAGCUCUUCUAUUUGUACUGGAGAUGCGAUGCUGCAGAGACAGCAGGGCCAUGAAGUGGCAGUAUCGCUCUUCCCCC